GUUAUUACAACAAAAUGUAAGGACUUCUGCUGUCUUUUUGAAAAUAGAGGGACCUGAGAGUUAUUUCAACAAAACUCGCGUCACCCAUGAGUAAUUUUCUGAGGGUUCACCCUGUGCCCACUAAAGAGCUUGAGGACGCUUGCGAGAAACUUCUCAAGGGUGAUCCUGUAACCGGGAAACCAUACGCCUACGGGGGAUGGGUGUACCGGUUACAAAAUCCGGAUGGGGGUGUAUCUGCGACCCAUGACGCAGAAGAUGACCGGGCCAACUCCCCGGAUGGUCAUGCUGAGAGCAGUUCUCCUCAUCCAGACAUGGAAUUCAACAGGAUGACCACCAUCAUUGAAGAUGACGACGAUGAUAUUCAAGUCCUCCAUUCAGACCGGUCUCCCCUUUCCAAGCCUCAUUCUCCUCCUCUGAUCCCUGAAAUGGAUGAGGCUAUAAGUGCCCGGUGCAGCCCCAUCCAUGAGCACAUAAAGAGCCAUAAAGGGCCAGAAGCUGAAAGUGACCGGGUCUCUGAACUCACCCUCCUUCUUGAUUCGGCCAAGUUGGAGAUCAAUGACCGGGUUGAGAGGGAGAGGAGGCUUGAGGAAGAGCUGAAGGAAGAGAGGGCCCGGCUAGAGGAGGAAAGGGUUAGGUUGGCGGAGGAGAAGAGAAAAGUGGCUGAGCUGGAGGAAGCUUUGGCCCAAGCCGAAGAAUCUGCCCGGUCAAAGGAGGAGGCCUUCCCCAUUGAAGCUGCUGGCUGGGCUGCGCGUAAUCACUUGGAAGUUGCCCGGUCUGUUCUCACUUCUCCGGAGGAGACAAUGGACUUCUUCAAAAUCAUGUAUCAAGAGCCGGAGGGCAAGAAGAUGAUAACAGCGAUAGGUUCAUACGGCUUCCAAUGUGGGCAGAAGGACGAGAGGUCUCUUCUCUAUGCCAGACUUCAAAAAAGGGACCCAUCAUUUGACCCAGCUAAGAUGAAACUUCCAGCCUUGUAUAAGGAAGAGCCAGCUCCCCUCUUUCCCCUAAAAUAGAUUAGGGUUCUCUUUUAAAAAACUCUGAAUUUUCCCAAGGCCUGGGGGAUGUCCGGCCUAAUAUUUAACUCUUGUAAUAUUAUCUUUUGCUUGGCAUGACUCUAAUAUGACCGGUGUAUUUCAUUUCUUAUGCACGGUUGAAAUCGGUUGAAAUCCUUUUCUUGCAUGGUCACUUUUUUGCCUGGUUGUUUUCCCGCUUUGAAGUUGCUUGGUCAUAUUUGCUUUUUCUUGACUGCCUUUCAUUGAACUUUAGGAACUGUCGCUAGGAAUGUCCAGGU